UUAAUGCAAAUCAUGCAGUUCAAAGUAACCGUCCACUUGGCACAGCUCACACUUGGUUUUGGGCAUCAGAUGAAGAACAAUGGCAUUGUGUGGACUCAGUCUCAGUCAGAGUUUCCGGAUCCUCGAGAUGGUGUUCUGCGCGCUGGCCCUGAUCAUCCCGAUGUUCCGUGGCUCCAUGUCCAGUCCGUACGGGAUCUGGUGCGAGUUCGUAUGGGUGUUUGGGCUCAUUGUGGCUGUGGUGAUCUUCGUUAUCGAAAAAUGCUUGGUGGAUAAACUGAUCGAGCUCCUGGUGCUGAAGCACACCUGGAACGAUCUCUCCUGCGGACUGACCCUUCUGUCAUCCCUCAUGCUGUUGUCCGCGUCUCUCAUCUAUUCCACUAUGUUUGUGUGCGCAACAUGCAUCGCAGAUAUGAUUUGCGCCAUCGCCUCCAUUCUGGCUUGUGUCGUGUACGUGUUGGAUGGCGUGAAGUUAAAACUAAAGUGUCCCGAAGGUUAUCUGUCCAGCGUACGAGGCAUCCUGCGCUUCACCCAGGCGUUUGUGGCCUGCCUCCUCUUCACAGCGGUAUACAACUACUUCAAAGGGGUGGAAAACCGAUUUCGCCCUGGCGGUUUGAUCUGGUGCAUUCUGGUCUACGUGGUGUGUUUCCCUCCAACUGUGGUGGUGAUACCGUCACACCUGCAGAAGUGUGUGGAUCUGCUGCGAUGCUGCAAUCUCAAUAAGUUGGAACUGGUGCUCGACAUCGUCGCUGUAGCUCUGUACGUGUCUGCGGCCAUCAUCUGGCCUGUGUUUGGAUAUAAAAACUAUAAAAGAGACUCUGAAACACACGAUUAUCGCUUUCAUGAUCUCAACAUCAUCACAGUCAUGACAUAUGUGAACUUGGGGCUUUACAUCGCAGACCUUGUUUUGACAUUGAUUGCACUUUGUAAAAACAGGUAGAAGUAGAGUCAGAUAUUCUACAUUUCAUUAAAAUAUUUUAUAAUUUCAAUAAUUCAAAGAUAAAGUUUGGUGUUUCAUACAAUACAGUGUCUUACAGGGGAUAUGUGAUUAAUUUUCCACAUGGGAAAGAAAAUGAGGGAUAAAAUCAGGUAAAAUGGGCAAUAUGGUCAAAAAGUGGUACAAUUUACAUGAAUUUACACAAUAAUUUCUCUCCCUCUCUCUUUCUAUAUAUAUAUAUAUAUAUGUUUAGACUGUUUAAUAUCUAUUUAAUAUAUAAUAAGUAUUCAAUAUAUGACUAUUUCCUAAAAAAGACUAAUAAAAUAUAAUCAAAUAAAAAAGCUCCUGA